AUGGUCUGGUCAUAUCUUCUUAGAAAAACCGAACGUUGGGUUCUCAAGCGAUUCCAUGGACAUGAGCAUAUUCGCCAGUUGGUGGACGGGAUCGAGGAGCCUGCAGCACUGGUCCUCAAACGCAUGGGUGAUACCGCUCUGGAAGCAUCAAAGUUGAAGAAUCGGGAGAGUCUAGACUUGGGAUUUGUGGCAAAUGGGAUCACCAAUGCUCUUCACGAGGCCGGCAUCGUCCAUACGGAUAUUUCUGAAGCCGCUCCUUGUUCUCUCCAAAGCCGAAGCGCUAACGCAUUUCAAAAUAUCUUACACUUGUCCUGGGUGACUGUGGUGAUGCCUUUUGGGUGGAUAUCAAAGCCUAUUCUAAGGAUAUGGCAAGGGAAGACGGCCAUGUGA